GAAAGACAGUUGUGCCCCGCCCUUUGACUCACCCAUAUACAGUGGCUGAGAUGUAUUUUUUCAGUUUCUUUUUUGUUCAUAAGGCGAUUAAUUGACUCCACUGUCUUUGCAGUUGUCUAAGAGCGUGCUGUUUGCAAAACGUACUUUUUGGGUUCGGAACUUUGCUGUAAACGAGACAGAUUUUAAAGAGCUAGAAGGCUAGUUAGCAUUCCUCAGACGUACGAUCCGAAUACAUUCGUUAGCUUUGUAGUAGGCUAGCAUAUCAUAACGUUAUGGCUUGACGUUUUACGAGAAAGUGGUUGUUUCACGACAGCUGGGCAAAGCCUCUAAAAAAUGCCACUUUAUUUUCGAUAAGGCAGUAUAUACCAAGACGAUGGCAUAUGUAUAACACUUAAAUAUUCGGAGGUUUGGCUUUUACACAGCUGUCUGGCGACUUAGUUAGACUAGCUAAAUUGACAUUAGCAUGGCGUCAGAUACGAGUGACACCGAAGAGUUCUACGAUGCUGCAGAAGACGUUAAUUUUUCUCCAUCUCCAAAAGUGUCACCUGUAAAGUUUGUCAUUCCUUCACCUCAGAUUGCAAGCAGUUCAUUAAAUGACGUGCACGAUGUGACAUGUGCUGCUUCUGAGACUCAGCAAGAUGAUUCCCUACAGAUCAUUGAUAGCAUCAUCGAGGAGAGUCAAAAGGAGAGUGUAGGUGAGGUGGCUCAGCUGUUAGAUCAACUACAUGUUGAUGCAAGACCAGAGCCAGAGCCUAAGGAAGAGAGCAAUGAUGAGGAAGUUCCUGUGGAGCAAAUGGCACCAGUUGUUGGACCUGGACUUGUUGCGAGGUCAGAGGAAGAACAGAGGAGUAUAGCAACAAAUGGAGAAUGCACUUUACCUGCUCAUGAACCCUCAGAUCUCCCAGGGCCAUCAGGUGGGUCUCAAGAAUACAUGCAGCCUCCGGACAUCACCAGCACCAUAGGACAAAGACCUCCUAAUGGGGCUGGUGUGGCAGCAGAAGGUGAUCAGGAACAGAAACCUGCAGAUAUCUUAGACCAGGUUCCUUUGACAGAUAGGCCUGCUGUCUCGGACUCCCCUGGGCCUAUGAAACCCCCACGGCAAUUUACAGUGGAACCAGAUAUUGUAGCCAGCACAAAGAAGCCUCCCUCACGUCCGCCUCCUCCCAGUGGGGGUCCUCCACCAAGACCUCCUCCACCAUCUUGGCAUACCUUACCAUCCAGGAAAUCACAGGACUGUUUGAGGCCAAGUGGACUGGAAGUAUCUGCAGUAGGUGCAGUCAGCUGUGAUUCUCUGGAGCCUUCUGGCCUGGUGUCUCCUUGCAGCACUGUUAGAAAUCUAACUAAAGAGCUACAGCAUUCCCUGGACCUGGCCAGUGCCACCAGUGGGGACAAAGUGGUGACAGCACAGGAAAAUGAAGAUGAACAGGCCUGCCCUGAGAGUGGAGGACAAACUCCAGGUCCUCAUCGUCCACGAUCCAACUCUGGUAGAGAAUUAACAGACGAAGAAAUCUUGGCUAGUGUGAUGAUUAAGAAUUUAGACACUGGGGAAGAGAUUCCUCUCAUUCAGGCAGAAGAGAAACUUCCUGCUGGAAUCAACCCCCUCACUCUGCACAUCAUGAGGAGGACCAAGGAGUACAUUACGAACGAUGCAGCCCAGUCAGAUGACGAUGAUAAGUCUCAGGCUCCACUGACAGACACAGAUGGAGGAAAACUGAAGCAAAAAACAACUCGGUUAAAAAAAUUCCUGGACAAGUCUGUAAAGAAGGCCAAGCAUCUUGCUGAGGAGUAUGGUGAGAAGGCAGUCAAUAAAGUGAAAAGCGUGCGUGAUGAAGUGUUCCACACAGAUCAGGAUGAUCCUUCAUCAAGUGAUGAUGAGGGCAUGCCUUACACCAGACCUGCCAAGUUCAAGGCAGCUCAUAGCUUCAAGGGUCCCUUUGACUUUGAUCAGAUUAAGGUUGUGCAAGAUCUGAGUGGAGAGCACAUGGGUGCAGUUUGGACUAUGAAGUUCUCUCAUUGCGGGAGGCUGCUGGCAACUGCAGGCCAAGACAAUAUUGUUCGCAUCUGGGUCCUAAAGACUGCCUUUGACUACUUCAAUAAUAUGAGAUUAAAGUACAACACUGAGGGUCGAGUUUCACCUUCACCAUCUCAGGAAAGUUUAUGUUCUUCGAAAUCUGACACUGAUCCUGGGACAAGUUGUGUUCCGGAGGACCCAGAUACCGAAGACAGAAAUGCCCCUUUCCGUCAAGUCCCCUUCUGCAAAUACAAGGGUCACACAGCUGAUCUGUUGGACUUGUCCUGGUCGAAGAACUUUUUCCUGCUUUCAUCUUCCAUGGAUAAAACAGUUAGAUUAUGGCACAUAUCCAGGAGAGAGUGCCUCUGCUGCUUUCAGCACAUUGAUUUUGUCACAGCCAUUGCUUUCCACCCCAGAGAUGAUAGAUACUUUUUAAGUGGCUCUCUGGAUGGGAAACUUCGUCUUUGGAACAUUCCAGACAAGAAAGUGGCGCUGUGGAAUGAGGUGGACGGUCAAACUCGACUCAUCACUGCUGCCAACUUCUGCCAAAACGGGAAGUAUGCAGUCAUUGGCACCUAUGAUGGCCGUUGCAUCUUCUAUGACACAGAGCGCCUGAAAUACCACACUCAAAUUCAUGUGAGGUCUACCAGAGGAAGGAACAAAGUUGGACGCAAAAUCACUGGUAUUGAACCUCUGCCUGGGGAGAAUAAGAUCUUGGUGACCUCAAAUGAUUCCCGCAUUCGCCUUUACGACCUGAGGGACUUGUCUCUGUCCAUGAAAUACAAGGGUUAUGUUAACAGCAGCAGCCAGAUUAAGGCCAGCUUCAGCCAUGAUUACUCCUUCAUAGUUAGUGGCUCAGAGGAUAAAUACGUGUACAUCUGGAGCACUUACCACGACCUGAGCAAAUUCACAUCUGUACGGCGUGACCGCAAUGAUUUCUGGGAAGGGAUUAAAGCACAUAAUGCAGUGGUCACCUCAGCCAUAUUUGCGCCCCACCCAGGCCUUAUUGUUCCACAAGAAACCGGAACAGAAAAACCAGAAGCAGACCGUAAGAGCCUAGACUCCACAGAGUCUGAGACGAUACCAUCAGGAGCCCUAAAAACAGACCACACGGAGGUUCUCCUUUCUGCUGACUUUACUGGAGCCAUCAAAGUUUUCAUCAACGUCAAAAAGUACUGAUCGACUCAGACGUCCCCAACUCUUCCCAGGCCUGUCAGAGAUUAGUCAUGAAGAUGGAUGACGACCUGUCAGGAGUCUUUGUUAGAUUAUCCCUAAACACCUAAUGGUUAUGUCUAUGAGACAGACAUAACCACAUAAGGGAACAGAUGUGAGAAAAAGGACUGUAAAAUGGACAAGGUUCAGUUCCUCGUCCCAUUUUUAUUUUUUAAACUUUCAUACCAGGUAACAGGUAACUGUGAAUGGUUUGGCAUUUAGAGAUGCAGAGAUGCCAAAUAAGUGGUUUGAGCAGUUAUUCUGUUCAGAUGUGUGUAACUUCAUAGCUGUAUGGUCAAGAUUGAACAUACAGUUUGGGCACCUUACAUGUUUCUUUGGUUCUCAUUUCAGAAAAAUCAGUUUUUCCCAUUAGAAACAAGACACUGUGUAUUAAGUUCUGAUGUCUUUUAAAAUAUGUAACCAUUUGUGUCUGUAUCAGGGUGAGCUGAAAUUUAAUUUACAAAUUACUUUAGCCUCAAAUGUACUUUUUUUCCUCAAUCCAUCUUCUUUAGCCUUCUUCUAAAUAAUACCAAACAUUUCAACAGCAAAACCACAAUACAGAUCAGUGUGUACUCACUUAUUAUGGCUGGGUGUCUUAAUUUUGCCAGAAAUAAUACUGGCUUACAAGUACUUUUGAUAAAUUUUUGUUUAACUAAAGCACAUUUCAUUACAAUAGUACUGUAAAUCUGUGUAAUGUUGCACACUUACUGCUUUUGUAAAAUAAAGACAAUGCUUUAUUCCUUUCCUCAAUAAAAGUGUUCUUAAGCCACA